ACUUGGGAGAGCAGCAAUUCCGUCCCAUGAAUUUCUCAAUGCACCCAUGAAGGACAAAUGAUUUCGGUUUCUCCCCGUGCAAUGAUUGAUUCCUAAUGGUACGAUGAUUCUGUUCUGCCGAAGCCCUUCGCUUCCGAUGCGCUCAUCCCAUUCUUUCAAAUCUUUCCCUCCAUUUGGAAAGAUGGCAGCUUGAUGGGACGAAAUGGCUGAUAGGAGGAAGAACAGAGCACGUCGCUCGGGAGGAUGCAACUCAGGGAAGGUCGUUCCCUGUUGCUGCUGACAGAGACCUGCAAGUCCCUCCGACAUGCUUACCAAAUCCAUGCCCAGAUCGUCGUCAAUGGCCUCCAACGCCACCUCUAUUCCCUCAGCAAGAUCUUCUCUUUCUUUGCGCUAUUUGGCUGCCCGGAAAGUCUCGGUCAUGCCCGUCUCAUCUUCUCAGGGACCAAAUCCCCCAACGUGUUCAUGUGGAACACCAUGAUCAGGGCCCACUCUCUGAGCGAGCUUCAUCACGAAGCAGUCCUUCUCUACCCGGCCAUGGUUGCUAAGGCAAGAGAUUUGCCCAACAACUUCACCUUCACGUUCUUGCUCAACUCCUGCGCGAGGUUGGCGGCCCCUGGUCCCGGGUUCCAGAUAUAUGGCCACGUGAUAAAACUUGGGUUCGAACCGGAUAUCUUUAUAAGGAACGCUUUGAUGCAUUUCUGCUGUAGUUCCGGGCUUGCAGACUGUGCACGGAAACUGUUUGAGGAAAGUUCUGCUAGAGAUCUUGUCUCCUAUAAUACCAUGAUCAGCGGGAUGGCCCAAAUGUGCAAGCCUCAUGCUGCUCUGUCACUUUUCCAGGAGAUGUCGGAUUCGGGUAUUUGGCCUGAUGAGUUCACUUUCGUUGCUUUGUGUUCGGCUUGCUCGGGGCUAAAUGAUCAUGGGCUCGCGAAACAGAUUCAUAAUUUGGUCUAUAGGUACUUGGGGUUCGUUGAUUGUAGUAGUGGUGCUCACUUGGUAGGUUCUGUCAUUGAUUUGUACACUAAAUGCGGGGAAAUGGAUAUGGCCCGAAAGGUUUUUAGCGCCUUCCAACCAGUUAAAAGCUUACCCGCUUUGAGUUCUAUGGUUUCUGGCUAUGCUCGAGCUGGAAAAGUUGAGCUUGCCAGACAGAUUUUCGACCGGGUGAAUAAAAGAGACACGAUUUUGUGGACAGCAAUUAUUAGUGGUUAUUCUCAGGCAGGGCGAUACGAUGAGGCUCUUGAGCUAUAUAAGGAGAUGGAAAAGUCUGGCCUAAAGCCAGAUCAGGUUACCCUGGUCGCUGUUCUCUCUGCAUGUGCUGGGCUGGGAGCUCUCACUGUGGGUGAGAGGAUUAAUAAUCAGAGCUUGAGGGCCAGAUUCUUCGGCCGUGAUGCAAUCCUAGUAACAGCUGUUGUUGAUAUGUAUGCAAAGUGUGGGAAAAUAGAGUCUGCUUUGGAAAUCUUCAGGGAUGUACCGGACAGUCAGAGGACCACUCAUCUGUUCAAUGCCAUGAUCACGGGCCUUGCUCAGCAUGGGCUCGGCGAGACUGCUGUAUCAGUUUUCAGAGAAAUGGAAUCAACCAAAGUAAGGCCUGAUGAAGUUACAUUCACUGGGUUGCUUUGUGCUUGCAGUCACAGUGGACUAGUAGAAGAGGGUCGGAGCCUGUUCAAGUUGAUGUCUGAAUUUUACGGCAUUAACCCACAAAUGCAACACUACUGUUGCAUGGUUGACCUCCUCGGUCGAGAUGGGAAGUUAGACGAUGCUCAUGACUUCAUUCGCACAAUGCCAUUUGAAGCAAACUCAGUUAUUUGGAGGUCUCUUCUGGGAUCUUGCAAGCUUCAUGGGAAUGUGGAGAUGGGCAAGAUUGCAAGCGCCAAGCUUCUCGAAUUGGAACCUGAUCAUGGGGCCCGAUAUGUUUUACUGUCUAACAUUCUUGCAACCACAAAGCAGUGGGAGGAGGCUGGGCGAGUGAGAAAGGGAAUGGAACAGCGAGGGAUACAGAAACCCCCGGGUUGGAGCUAUAUUGAAAUAUCGAAUGGGACUGUCCAUCAAUUUACUGCAAGUAAUUACAGGUCGCAUCCGCAGAAGGAAGAGAUUGCGUCAAAGCUCAGGGACAUGAACAGUCGAUUGAGAACCGCUGGGUAUGCUCCUAGCACGGUCGAUGUGGUGUUUGAUGUAGACGAGGAGGAGAAGGAGACGAUUGUUUCUCACCACAGCGAGAAGCUAGCAUUAGCUUUCGGACUGCUAAACUCGGGCCCUGGGGAGGUUCUGCAAAUAAUGAAGAACCUUAGGAUCUGCGGGGACUGUCACUUGGCCUUCAAGCUUCUGUCCAAGGCCUACGCGAGAGAGAUCAUCGUGAGGGACACGGCUAGAUUCCAUCAUUUUAGGAAUGGAUUGUGCUCUUGCAAAGAUUUCUGGUGACUUGUACUCCCGAUAUUUUAAAUGGGUCGAACUCUAUAUGACUCCUAUGAUAGUGACAGCACGUGAAUGCGAUAUUGUGUAUAGGGCCAAUUUUCAUUCGAUGACAAAUCUCUUUUCUAAUCACCUUUCUUUUCCUUUGUUAUUGGAUUAUUGACAAAUCAAUUUGUGGCA